UUCAUUUCUUCAACUUUCCUAGUCGCCCCUUUUGGCCUCAUUUUCUGUGGCUGUCUCUGCCACCUCGAAUACAUUGACAUUACUAUACACCAAACUGUUAGUAGUAGUCCUAACCCAGCCAGCCAGACUCCAGUUACCCCGUCAUCAACAUCGUCAUUUCCUCCUCCAUAUUUAAUUUUUGGUUAUUUCAACCGCUUCCCCCUCUUUUUUUGUAUUAACUAUAUACAUAUAUAUAUAUGGACCAGAAUCCUUCUCACUCUUAAAUUGAUUGUGAUAAAUGAUAAUUCUUAUCUCCAUUAUAAUAAUAGCUAGGCAACCCCAUUUAUUUUUCACUAUGUCUCUUGUGUGAAACAUGAAAUUUAUGAAGCAAAGCCGAUUGACGUCAAGCCCCUCCCACACACCAAAUCCUGCAACUAGUUCUGAAAAAAGAAAGUUUGGUUAAAAAUGAGUCAGUGUGUUCCCAGUUGGGAUCUGGACGAUAAUCAUGUCACUGCACGCCAUUCCUUACGCUCUAACUCCAACUCCACCGCCCCUGAUGUUCAUAUGUCGGACUACGAAGUGGCAGAAUUAACAUGGGAAAAUGGCCAACUAGCCAUGCAUGGUUUAGGUCCGGCACGUGUGCCGGCUAAACCCUUAGUUUCCAACCCUCCCUCUAAGUACACUUGGGAUAAACCAAGGGCUAAUGGCACUUUGGAGUCCAUAGUGAACCAGGCCACUCGCGUUCCGUAUCUUAAGGUUUCUCUUGAUGAUGGCCGGGAUGAACUUGUACCCUGUUUGAACCAACACCGUGAGGCAGCGGCGUCAUCUGCCACCAUAGCUAUGGAUGCUUUGGUUCCUUGCUCGAAAAGGACGGAGGGCCGGACCGCCCACGCGAUGGAAUCUAUACCAGGACUCGGAAGAACUUGCUUGGUGGGAGGUUCCACCAGGGUGGGAUCCUGUAGUGGGCGGGCCGGUACCCAUGACGACGAGGUACUUGUUAGCGGGAAACGCACACGGGCGGCGCGUGCUCCUCUAAUGCCAGAGUGGAGCAGCAAGGAACAAAGUGCAAGCGCCAGUGCCACGUUCGGGAGAGAGCGAGACAGCCGAUGCGUUACUUUGGAUACGUAUGAGAAAGAUUUUGGUAUGGGUUUCACUUCUACUUCCCUUGGCUCUCCUGAAAACGCAAGCUCUACCAAACCCUGCACCAAGGCCACCACCACUGCUGAUGAUCAUGAUUCUGUUUGUCACAGUAGACCCCAGAGGGAGGAAUUUGAGGAAGACAAGAAGGAAACUGGGAAAUCUUCAGUUUCAAACAAAAGGAGCAGAGCUGCUGCUAUCCAUAACCAGUCUGAACGUAAAAGAAGAGACAAGAUUAAUCAAAGGAUGAAGACAUUACAGAAGCUGGUUCCCAAUUCCAGCAAGACAGACAAAGCUUCAAUGCUAGACGAAGUGAUUGAAUAUCUGAAACAACUGCAAGCACAAGUUCAAAUGAUGAACAGGAUGAACAUACCACAGAUGAUGUUGCCGAUGGCAAUGCAACAGCCACUCCAAAUGUCGAUGCUGGCCCCAGCGAUGGGGAUGGGGAUGGGUAUGGGCAUGGGCAUGGGUGUCAUGGACAUCAACACUAUUGGCCGUCCCAACAUCACCGGCAUCUCACCUGUUAUGCCUAAUCCUUUCAUGGCUAUGACCUCCUGGGAUGGCUCCGGUGAGAGGUUACAACAAGCUGCCUCAGCAGCAGCCAUGAUGCCAGACCCUCUUUCCACAUUCCUGGCUUGCCAAUCACAGCCGAUGACCAUGGAUGCUUACAGUCGGCUGGCCGCCAUGUAUCAGCAGAUGCAACAACCACCAGCUUCUGGUUCUAAGAGCUAAGCUUCAAGCCAGUAUUUUUAGCUACUCUUUUCUAUACAAAAACCUGAACUUGGGUUUCAAUUCUUAUACAUUUCCCUAGCGUUUAGGGUUUGGUACAAUCUAGUUCAUGUAGUUAUUUCUUAAUUACAAGCGUGUGGGUGGUAAUUAUUUUGAUUGCUUAAUUUGUAGUAUGAAAGGAUCCCAUGAGCCAAGAGCUUCGUAUCUUUCCUUUUCCUCAAGGCAACCAUUGUAUUUAGUGUUCAUACUUUUUGUCUUUCAGAGUUUCGUAUAAUUAAUUAAUUUAAAACUCCACCUGAUUUUUGUUACAA